UGCUUCACAGUGAUGGCAACUCAGGUGGAUGAAUUUACUCUUGAAUCUGUGAGGGAUUAUAUGAUAUCCCGGGGUGGUAGAGUGACGAAUCAUGAAUUGGUAAAACAUUUUAAAGUCUACUUGACAAAUCCUUCAUGUAAAGAAAUUGCCAGGAACAAGUUUAAGCAAUAUGUCAACACACUUGCUAAUAUCAGCCAAGAGGGAGGAGAAAAGUAUUUAGUUCUCAAACGGAAAUACAGAGUAGGCACUCCACUUUCUGAAUCUGAAUACCUUAGCCCCAACAGUUCACCUUCACCAUCCCACUUUAGCAGUCCCAACCAGUUCAAUAUUUAUGGUUCACCGCAACACAGUGCAGCUUACAGCCCUCAACCCUGCAGCCCCAUGACACUACCUGCACCUCCAAUUCCUUCUAGAGCAACUCCUCCUUACCGGGCUCCUCCUCCUUAUAGACCUCCUCCAGUGGCAGCUCCAACACACCAGGGCUAUUCAUCUCCAGAGGACCCAAAAUAUGGCGACAGAAGAUAUGAUCCUCCGCCUCAACAUUUUAAUGGACGUCAUCAAGGAACUGGUGAGCCAAGGUAUGCAGGGGAACCUCCUGUGUACCCGCCGGGAGAAGCACGUUACCCUCCUGUAAGUGAAACAAGGUUUCCCUCUCAAUCUGAACCACAUUUCAAUGAGGUCAGAUAUCCUUAUGAUGAGCCUGCUGAUCUAGGCAUCCCUCCAGCACCGCAGAUCCGCCCUUCUACUUCUAUGUCAACUUCAUCAAGUGGUUUAUCCUCAUAUGGGGGAUCCUCAGGCCCACAACCCUCUCCAUAUGUAGGGUAUAACAACCCUCCACCCUUGGCAACUUUAUCAGCAUCCCGUCCAAAAACUCUUCCUGUUCACCAAAUAUCAUCCGUUUCUUCUACUUCUGAAGAUGGUGACUCCGUGUCAGUAUCUGCUACAACAACUGUGUCAUCUGCCUCAACGCCUUCAUCUGAUGAUCCCCCACCUCCUGUACCACCAAGAAAACGAUCAGGAGACAACAAAGAAAAUCAAAGACCCUCCCCAGAGGGUGAAGAAGAUGAAAAAAAUGUCAUGGGUGACGAAGGCGGCGAAGACGGUGAUGACGCUGCAGACAGGGGAAGCGCCGGAGGCAGUAGUGGUAGUGGAGACCGACCCGAGGAGGAGCGCAAGAUCUCGGUUUCGGUGAAGGAGGCGACGCAGAAAUUCAACCGUAUGGCCUCGGAGUCACAGUUGCUCUCCUCCUCCCGCGCCUCCUCCAAGAGCAACAGGAGCUCCAGGAGCGACAGGGAUGACGACGACUCCACGUCUAUACUCUCGUUUGGCGCGGACGGGCAGGAGUGGAUGGUGGCGGCUGCCAAGAGUGACUUCAACGAGAUCCUGAGACUUCUCAAGAUUCACCCGACCCUCGCCAGAUACAAGAACACAGUUACCAUGAACUUAGGUGAUGUAGAUGUGUCCGGUGUCGCGUGUCCGUCUCUGUGUUUCGAGACGUAA